AUGGCAAUUGGUACAACAGAUGAAAUUAAUGCUGAGACAUUCGCUUAUGAAGAAAGUUUACCAAAAUUACCGCUACCAAAAUUAAAUAAGACUUUAAACCAUUUGAAAAAAUCUUUAGAACCACUAUAUUAUGCCGAUGGUUAUUAUAAACAUCCUUUAGAUCCAAAGACAAUUCAUGAUUUAUCACAAUGUAUUGAAAAUUUUGAAAGUUCAAAAGUGGCAGAAAAAUUACAAGAGAAAUUAAAUUAUUAUCAUUUAAAUCAAUCAUCAUAUUUAGAUAAAUUACAUCUAGAUAUUAACAAUAAUACUUCCGCAACAGAUAUUCAAGAUGAUAUUUUACCAAGAAAUCCAUUUUUAAUCUUAGCUGAUGAUGCAAUUAAAGGUAUUACUCAAGAAGAUAGAGCAGCUGUAUUAGUUCAUUCUGCUUUAAGAUUUAUAUCUGCUUUGAAAAAAAACAUUUUACCACCUGACGUCGUAACAAAUCAUUCAAUUAAAGAUUCUUCAACAAAAAUUGCUCAUCUUUCAAUGUUCCCAUAUAAAAAUUUAUUUGGUACAACACGUUCACCUGUUUUCCAAAAUGGUGAAGUUGAAACUUUUGAUUUACAAAAACCUUAUACAAUUUCAGAUUUAGAAAAUGAUGAAGAUGAUGAAGAGGAUGAAUUUUCUUCAAAUGAAAGUAUUCCAGAAAAUGAUAAUAAUUCUGAACAAAAAAAAGUUAAAGAUUGUUUUACACGUAAUGGUAUUACUAUUGCACGUUAUCCCGAAUCUCGUCAUAUUGUCAUCAUUUCAAAAGGACAAUAUUAUACAAUAGAUGUAUUAGAUGAUGAAAAUGAUUUAUUAUAUACAUCAAAUGAAUUUACAAGUUUUUUCAAUUAUAUUAUUAAGGAUUCUGAAAAGACUUAUAAUUUUAGAGCAUCGACUGCAUUAGGCUCUUUAACAUCUCAUAGUUUUAAAAAUUGGAAGUAUGCAAGAAAGAGAUUACAAAAAAGAUAUCCAGAAGAAUUACAUCUAAUUGAUUCCGCUUUGUUUGUACUGGUAUUAGAUGAAUCUGAUGAAUCUGAUCUAAUUAAUAAUGAUCCAGAGGUAAUUAAUUCAAUUGUUCACGAUUAUGAUUAUAAACCAAUUAAUAAAGAUACAAAUCAAGAAUCUUCAAUUAAUUGUAAAAGAUUAUUUUAUGGUACAUCGAUUAUUGAUCGUAAAGGUCAUCAAGUUGGUUCAUGUGUAUCGAGAUGGUAUGAUAAAUUACAAUUAGUUGUAACAAAGGAUUCAAAAGCUGCAGUCAUUUGGGAUUCGUUCACUUGUGAUGGAUCUGCCGUAUUAAGAUUUACUUCAGAAACUUAUACUGAAUCGAUUUUAAGACUAGCUAAAGAUGUUAAUGCAGGUGAUCCUGAAUUUUCUUUAUGGCCAACAGUAAAACAAUCUUCAAUUCCAAACGAUUUAAUUAGAAAGGAUAAAAGAACAAUGACUUUAGAUGAAUCACAAAUUAAAAAUAUUGUAUUUAAAAUCGAUUGGUCAUUUAGUAAUAUUUUAAAUACUCAUGUUCAUUUAUCCGAGACAAAAUUAGCUGAUUUAAUAUCAAAACAUGAUAUUAUUCAUGCAUCUGUGCCAUUUGGUCGUAGAUCAGCUUUAAGAUUAGGUAUUCAACCGGAUUCAAUGAUUCAAGUGGCUCUUCAAAUUGCUCAUUAUUCCUUGUAUGGGAAAAUGGUAUUUUCAUUAGAACCAAUAUCAACAAGAAGAUUUAGAAAUUCAAGAUCCUCAUUUAUUAAUGUUCAAACUCAAGAAUUAUUAGAAUUAUGUCAAUUAUUUAUUUCAAAUUCAAUUAAUGGUCCAGGCAAAUUAGAAAAAUUCUUAAAUACUUGUGAUUCUCAUAGUCAAAAUAUAAGAAAGGCUAAAGCAGGUUCAAGUUAUGAAAAACAUUUUAACGCUUUAAAAUAUUUAUAUAAAUUUCAUGAUCAUUAUGGAAUUGAUUUAGAUGAGGACGAUAAGAAGAUUGCAGCAAAUUUAUUUGAUAAUAGUAUCAUUGCUCCAUUUUCUCAACCAGAAUUGAUAGUGGCUAAUUGUGGUAAUAGUGCCACUACAACAUUCGGUAUUACCCCAGUUGUACCACAGGGAUUCGGUAUCGGUUAUAUUAUUAAGGACGAUCAAUGUGAUAUUACAGUGACAUCACAGUUUAGACAAGGUGAUAGACUCAUGUUUAUGUUAGUGUGGGUACUUCAUGAGAUUCGUUCAUAUUGGAAAGAAGCAAGAACUUUGGAUCAAAAUAGAACGGGGGUAAAGAUUAGUCCCGGUGUAGAUAGAUUAUAUCAAUUGGAUAAUGCUAUUAAGAGUAAGAUGGAUGGUCAAAGUUCAAAUGAACAUAGCCCAUCUCCAUCUUCCGCCCAACUAAAUCAUUUAUCACAUAACAAAAAAUCGCUUUAUGGGAAUCAUCACCAUCCAAAUAGCGGAUUUAGAUUCUUUGAUAUUGACUCUCAUAUCGAUAGUAGAGGUACAUCUGUAACACCUCCAAUUGUUAAUGGUAAUAGAGUACUCAUGGCUCAAGGUGAUCCACUUCGUGGUCAAUUUGAUGGUUCCAGCAGUAAAUUAUCUGCGAAAUUAGCAGCCCUAUCAGUAAAUGAUACAAAUUAUAAUUCAUCUCAAUCAUUAUCGGCGCUCACUGCAUCUGAGAAAUUAAAUACAGGUUCCGAAAUUCCACAAAUUCAACCAAGUCAUACAGCGGAUUCUUCUGAUUUCGAUGGAGAAAGUAUUAACUCACAAUCUAAUAGAUAUUCAAUCGAUAGUGAUUCCGCUAAUAGUUCAAGACCUGACUCUAAAAAACGUAACGUCAUCAAUUCUAAAUUCGAAAUAGAUUUUGAUCGUGCUGAUGUUGGUAGAAAAGUUUCUACAUACGAAUAA